AUGGUUCGUAUCAGUCUUCGCAACGAUUUGAAGCAAAAGUUGAGUAAGGUAGGUUUAACAUCAGCUUCCUCUGGAUCAAACUUUUUAAUUCCAUAAACUUUCUGACCUGUUAUUUAGUGCUAUCCUUUAAUAUAUUGUGAAUUUUCAGUAUGCGUCAAAGCUGUAUAAAAUAACAAAACAACUACGAUGGGUAUUGGUGCUAGUCAGUGCUGUAACAAUAUUGUUCUACCUAUUUUUGAUGAAUCGUCAAGAAUUUAAAAUGUAAGUUUUAUAAGCCUAAAUUUGAUUUUUUUUGUGGGAAAGUAAUUUUUAAGUCUAAAAUUCAUUUUUAAAACCAAAAAUUCAUAGUCAUUAUACAUGUAAAUUAGGGGCUGCGCCAAACCUUUGCAAUCAUUGAAACCCCGAAUUUUUCAAAAAAAUGAAGAAAAUGUAAAGUUUAAAAAGAACCAAUUCCCAACCAAAAUAUCUGUCAUUUCGGUGAAAAUGCUGAUUUUUGAAAAUUCUUAACGACCUUAAAGUGCAACUUUAAAAUGCAAAAAUUUGCACAAAAAACGCACAGGUCUGGACUGCAACUGUGCCAAAAAUCACAAUUGCAAGAUGCGUAAUUGCAAAGAUAUAAAUUAUUUCUGACAACGGAAUUUCGUGAAACACCCUGUACUUUCAGGUUGAUAGUAGAUCCAGAUUGUCUGAAGAAAAUUGAAAGCAACUUACCAUGUGCAGCGCCAGUGACAGUCGCACUAAUCCACAAAAAUACCUCAAUUGAAGACCUUUUUACUAAAGCUGACUACGUUAUGAAUCCAGCCGAGGACUUCUCAACAAUUAUCGAGUUCAAACCUAGACUGAAUAGCUUUGACUCGAAAAUUUCUGCAAAACUACUGCCACGGUAAGUCGAUAAAGCUUUUCUUGAAUUGAACGUUUUGGUACUAUAGGUAUAUUAGUACAAAGUGGUAGGGAUAUACGUUAAAGAGUAGAAUAAGAGGUACGGGAAGGUAGGAUUGAUAAGGUACGGGAUAUUAUCUUGAGUUGAAAAAUAAGGAAAGGUAUAGUAAAUUAGGGACUGAAAGGGUAGGGGAUGGUAAUUGGAAGUUUGGCUAAAAUAGAAGAAGAAAGUAGGGUAGGGUAGGGUAGGGAAUGACAAAAAUUAUAAGAUAUCAUUUCAGAUUUGUCAUCAAGGAUCAUGUAAAUGUUCUCUUUAACCGUGAUGGAGCCUUAAAAUCAGUAGACGUUUCAUUACCGGCCGAUUUCAACCAAUUUAAAAGAUUUUGGAAUUGUGGGACUUUGGUUCAUUGUAAACAAGUUAAUACAGGUUUGGAGGAUUCUAGUUUUGCCUACGAGAAGUUACGGGAACGAGGCGACCUCUUUGGAGCUCAAAUAUUUAUAAUCGCUAAUACCUCUAAACGUAAGUAUGUUAUAGUAUUAUAGAUUUGAAUCUUAUUUAAAUUUUGUAAAUUUUUUUGGGUUGAUGUACUAUAAUAAGAUAGAUGAACAUUAGACUAAGGUGCGGAUGAGGUAGGGCAUGUGUAAGACAGAGAUGGCUUACUUGUUAGAUUAAGAAUUACAUUAUAGCAGAAACUAGGCUAGAAAUUUGACUCACGGGUAGGACAGAGCAUAGUAAGAGGAUUAGAGCGUAAAGUAAGGUCCGAUAGUGCAGACUGAGCAGGAUAGUUAUCUGAGGGCAGGAUAGAGUAAAGUAACGUAGAAUAGAGCAAGACAAGGCAAAGAAAAGCAAGGUAGAGUAGAGUAAGGUAGGGUAAGAUAGACAAAAAAUAAGACUAAACAAGAUAUAAUAGGUAAUUUAGGACACAAUAUAACAAAAAAAAAGUCAAUAUCACUAAAACCAUAACUAACUGUAACCUUAUUUUUUAGUAUGGUACAACACCUGCCUUCUACCAUCACAAAUUAACGUCGGAAUCAACUCCGAACAAUUCUCCGAGUACCUACAACACGACUUCUCUCAGCAUUUUAUAGUAACCCAAGUUUACGGUAAACGCGAAUCUUCAAUGCAAAUGAAUAUUGAAGUAGAGAACGUGAAGGUCGUGCUGAAUGUUCUGUACAAGAACAGUGAAAAGGAACGGAAAUACGUGGUGGAAGACAGUAAAACAAUGUUCAUACCAAACUAUCUUAACUUAUGUACUGCCAAUGCUAACAAUGUUGCCGUCUACGUGCCAUGCGAUGUUAUGAAGGACAAAUGGGUAUUCGAACCGGUGUAUUGA